GCCCUUUAUAGCGAUGAAGACAUCUAUCUAUUAGACGAUCCGUUAAGUGCUGUCGACUCUGAAGUCGCGAAUCAUAUCUUCGAUAAAUGUAUUUGUGAUUAUCUAAAGACAAAAACAGUGGUAUUAGUCACACAUCAGAUCCAAUUCAUACAAAAGGCCACAAAAAUCUUGGUUCUCAAAGAGGGUCGGAGUCUAGCGUUUGGAACGCGAGCGACAAAAAAGACGAAUUUAUUGCAGAGGAAUAUAAACACAAGGGUUCAGUGGAUGGGAGAGUGUAUUGGUCGAGUAUUAAGUAGGUUCACAAAAGAUUUGGUUACAGUCGACGAGCAUAUACCCAACUGUUUGUUUAACUUGAAUAUUGACAUAUUGUAUCUGGUGGCUAUAUUUAUCGUGGUGGCCGUGAGUCCGGUGUUGGACCACUUGACCACAACUCUCAAUGGUUUGGUUACUAUCCGUGCGCUCAGAGCUCAAAAGCAUUGCCUCCAAGAGUUUUAUGACUUACAAGACAAUCAUACGUCCAGUUUCUUCAUGAAUUUGUGCGCCAAUAGGGCUUUCGGUCUUCUAUUGGAGUGCAUAUACUUAUUAUAUCUCGCAACUAUGAGUGGGGGAACGGCUGGUCUCAUAUUCUACCUAACCAUUGGUCUGUCAAUGAAUUUACAGAUGACUAUCAGAAAUACCGCAGAUUUGGAGAAUCAGAUGACAUCAGUUGAACGGAUCCUCGAAUACAGUGAACUCGAGUCGGAAGAGUCGCCUAAAGAGGCGGACAGUCGUCUCAAUGUAUCCCCCGAUUGGCCACUCGAGGGAAGCAUUCAUUUCCAAGACGUUUGUCUCACUUACGAGAACUCAACGAAUGAGACGUUAAUUGAAAUCAAUUGUGAGAUUAAAGGCGGAGAGAGAGUGGGAAUCGUCGGCCGAACCGGCGCUGGAAAGAGCUCUCUAUUGGCGGUACUC